AUGCUUGACAUCAAAGUGGCCAAUCGAAUGGAAGAUCAACUUCUAACAUUAUUGAAUAUGAGCACUGAAGAAUAUGAUCAAUUUUUGGAUCAUCAACAUCAGAAACUCUAUCGUGAUAGGUCAAAUAUAGAUACUCUUUCAAUGUCACUAGAAUCUCAAUAUAUUUGGAAUGAGAUCAAUGAUGAAAAAACAAAAUAUAUUCAAUCAAUCAAAGAAUUACGAUCUGAAUUAGACAUAAUGAAAGGUCAUCGUAAAGGUCUCGAAGAAAAAUUAGAAAUGAUUACAAUUAAGGAAAGUGAAGAUACAAAAAGUAGAAAAGCGUCGGUUGUAUUUGCCGGUGCAAAAAUGACAGGAAAUAAAUCGUUGUUGAAUGGUUUAGAAAAUGCUUAUGAAUUAUCAUCAUCUCGUAAAACUGAUCAGAUUCCAUAUGCAUCACAGGAUCGUAUACUUAGUCGAUUUUCGUGUAUGUUAUAUACGGCAGCAGAUAAACGUGCGUGGAUCGAAUUAGAAAUGGCCAACUAUUGUGACAGUUGUGCAGAGAAAGUAUGUUUUUUAAUGAAAAUAUUUAAUGAAGAGAAGAAAUAAUAUUGUGUUUUUUUAGACCUCUAUUUGUCCUCACAAAUUUGCUCAAUCUGAUACAAUUCUUCGAGUACCAAAGGAAACAAGAUACAUUCGUAUCACUCGUCCAAUACUCAAGUACAACAAAAAUCUUGUCAAGUAAAAUAAACGAUUGUAAGAAAUAUUUAUGAACAACAUUAUCAUUUUCAUUGUAGAACGGUAAUCAACGAUUAUCAAUUGACCUUAAACGAUAUUUUACCAAUGAUAUAUCAACAAAAUUCAUCGAGUAUAAUGAGAACAAACUAUCCAGGACACUUUCUAAAUAGAGAAAAUCAGGCGGAGAAUAAGAUCCAUGAAAUAGUGGCAGAUUCUUGUCUGGUAAUUAAAUAUGUAGAGAUAUUGAAAAAAUCCGUAUAUAAUGACAAAUCGGCAUAUUUGAUUUUGGGACUCUCUACAUUCUAAAUGAGCGAUUUAUUGACAAAUAUUUCAAAUUUUCCUUGGGAUCAGUCUCAAAAAAUAAAUUUUAUAUUUUUUUAGAAAGAAAACGGUAGAGAACACGAUACUUAUGGAUAAAGCAUGGUAUUUUAACUUGUUCUUCUCGCAAACAGAAAGAAAUGCCAUGUUUAACUUCAGUUUGUGAGAUUUUCCAUAAUCAAGUAUUUUGUAUGCAGUAAAUUUCGAAGUGAGACACUUCUGAAAAAAUUUUCUUCAUUACAUUGUUCCCCAGUAAUUUUUUAAAAAGAAGUCCAUAAAGGGAACCCAAGGCUAAACGACAUCGUAAAUUUUUUUCUAAAAAGAAGCACCUCUCUAUCCAAAAUUUGUUGUAUACAAAAUAAUCGACUAUGAAAAAUCUGAAUCUCCAAUCGAUACACAUCGAACAAGCUUUUGGAAUUUUUUGGCUAGGUUAAUGUGCGUUUCUUUUCUCAAACGCAUUGAAACUAGAAAGAAAAAAUACGCAUUUUUCCCAUGUUUUCAGAAAUGUGUUUUUUUUUCUAAUUUUAAUGAGACUGGCUCCGUACAGGGUGGCACAUAACCUUUGCCUCCCUCUAGAUAACCUAAAGUAUCAAUGAUAUCACAAAUGUAUUUUAUAUCAAACUAAAGCGCGUCAAAAACUGGAUUUAUUGGUACUAAAUACUAAAGAUUAUGAAGGCCUUUUAGUGUCGAACUUACG